AUGACACCAGCAUUAGCCUUCUUCUAUGGUGGGCUUGUUCAUCGAAAAAAUAUAUUAAAUCAAUUAUUUCUGUCAUUUAUCUGUAUGGGGAUUGUAACAUCUCAAUGGUGCCUAUUUGGAUUUAGUUUUGCGUUCGGUCCUGGCAACAGUGCAUUCGGAUCGUUUAAAUUUGGUGCAUUGAGAUUUCCCGGUGAUCAGUCCCAUCUGUAUGGUGAACGUGAUGAUCCAAAUAAUUCUCCAACCUUUCCUCUACUGACAUACGUAGCUUAUCAGGCAGCUUUUGCGGUUAUCACUCCAGCAUUAAUCAGUGGUGCUAUCGUUGGAAGAAUGAAAAUUGUUUCGUAUUUGAUAUUUAUCUCCGUGUGGACGACCGUUUGUUAUGAUCCACUAGCAAGAUGGGUGUUCAGUUAUCAAGGUUGGUUACAUAAGUACGGAACGCUAGACUUUGCUGGUGGUACUGUAAUCCAUAUAUCGAGUGGAGUGGCAGGUUUAGUAUCUUCAUUAAUACUAGGAAAACGUCACGAUUAUGACCCGAAUAAGCAUGAUACUGCUCAUAAUUUACCAUUUACACUAUUAGGAACCUGUCUUUUAUGGAUCGGAUGGAGUGGUUUCAAUGGUGGUUCUGCAUCAGCAGCUAAUGGUCUUGCAGCACUAGCACUUAUCAACACUAAUGUAGCAGCUGCAUCUGCUCUGGUAACAUGGGUAGUCAUUGAUGCCAUAUUGGGAACAAUAACAAUUUCGGGCGCGUGUUCGGCAGCGGUCGUUGGACUGGUGGUAAUUACACCAGCAGCUGGCUUUGUGCAGCCCGGAUGGGCACUUCUGUUGGGCGUGAUUGGUAGCAUAAUUAUUUACUUUGUUUUAAAAAUUAAAAAACGAUUUUUACAUUUUGAUGAUACAUUGGAUACAUUUUCUUGUCAUGGUGUAUAA